AUGUUAAGUUGUGCUUCCCCCGCCGGCAUGCCGCCAGCAACUCACGCGCAUGGUGCAUCCUGGGGUCUUCUACAACAGCCACCCAUCAUCAAAACGGAGCCAAUGGACGAAGGAAGCUUCGCCAAGGACCAAACCAGUGGAUUCUACUCUGAAGGUUUUCACAGCUCAUCGCCAUCGUCUUCGAGCAAGGAUUCAAACGGACACUCGCCGAGAAGUGUGGGCAGCGGAGGAGAGCCGUCCUCCUUCUAUGACAAUACCAGUCUUAAAGCGAAAGCUAACCUUGGUAUGCAUUUAGAUGCCUACCGUAACGGACUACCCUACAGCCUUUUAACCCCACCGGGAUUCGAAAAUAGACCAGCAGACGACCGUGGAACCUCACCCGGCUAUGAAGCUUCAUACUCCCCCAGAACUCUAGCCCCUCCCACACACGUCUCGACCCCGAUCGCUCGUGCUGACGCAACGCCGCCGAAAUCACCUCCAAGGACACCAUCCUCGCCCGAACACGCCAGAAGAACUUUCGAGCACUUUCACGAUUCCGGUUUCGACGGCGUCGGGCAGAACAAAAACGACGACGAAGGUCGCGAGGGUUCGGGAUUCGAAGACGACUUCGACGACGAGCCCGGCCUUCGCGUCCCCGCCGUCAACUCCCAUGGCAAAGUUAAAACAUUCAAAUGUAAGCAGUGCGAGUUCGUAGCCGUCACUAAGCUCAGUUUCUGGGAACACAGCAAAGAGCACAUCAAACCCGAAAAAAUGCUGACCUGUCGGAAGUGCCCCUUUGUCACUGAAUACAAACACCACCUGGAAUAUCACAUGCGGAAUCACCUGGGUUCCAAACCGUUCCAGUGCUCGCAGUGCUCUUACUCCUGCGUGAACAAAUCUAUGUUGAAUUCACAUCUGAAAUCGCACUCGAACGUAUACCAAUACAGAUGCGCCGAUUGCAACUACGCCACGAAGUAUUGUCACUCUCUGAAACUGCAUCUACGGAAGUACAAACAUAACCCGGCGAUGGUGCUAAAUUUAGACGGAACACCCAACCCUCUCCCUAUCAUCGACGUCUACGGCACGCGCCGCGGACCUAAACAGAAACCAUUGUCUAAAAUGUUCGAUCAAACUCCGUGCAACAACCAAUCGCAGCCUCCUCCGCCGACUCAUUCUCUAUUCGGGAGCCAUUUUCCCGUCAACCUACCGUACCUUCCGCCACUGCUACCUCCGUCUUUCCUCUUCCCGCCGAAUAAUAAUUAUGAACAGCGCACCUCUCCGAACUUGCCGGAACCAAUGGAAAAGCGGCAACCUCUUUCACCACAGUCGAUCCUGCAGCAGCGUCUGUCGUACUCCGAGAGGCCUUCGGAAGUGGACGCUCCUUCAUCGCGGGUAAAAUCGCCUGUCAGCUCACCGCAGACUCCGACGAAUGCCAACGGUCAGUCCCAAGGCAACGACGCCUUGGACCUUACGAGCACGAAAACGAGUGAAGCCGGUUCUCCACCACCGGCGGAGCAGCACACUCCUUUGACCCCGACUACUGCUAUGAAGAAUAGGCGAAAGGGUCGCGCUUUCAAGUUGCAACCUGCGGCUUUGCGACUCCAGCACGAAGACAAAAUGGAAGCGGAUAAUUCGGACGCUGAGUCCGAAGCGUCGAACGAUGUCCCUUCGUCGUCCGUUCGGAGCGCGUAUACCUGCCAGUAUUGUGAUAUAACAUUCGGCGAUCUGACUAUGCACACAAUACACAUGGGAUUCCACGGGUACAAUGAUCCUUUUAUGUGUAACAAGUGCGGCGAAAGAAGCGCCGAUCGCGUGGCGUUCUUCAUCCACCUCGGUCGCGCGCAGCACGCCUAG